AAAGAUGGCGGCGCCCACAAGCAGCGAUGCGGCAUGGAAUCGGGUGGAUGUUCCGUGGCCCGCUUGUAGCGGUACGGUAGCCGUGUCAGGCCAACAUUCCUCAGUGAAAUGCCUUUCAUCUGUUAUGGGGAGGUGUCAUGUGGUCAACAACCUUCUAAAAAAUAAAGCUGUGCUUGCAGAAGGAAAAACCUUGCAUGCCAUCCUGUAUAGUUUCCACUAUCAAAUGAGGCAUCAUAGGCCGUAUUGGUCUCUCAGACAGGUACAACAGUGUUUGAAGCGUUUACAUCUAAUGAAUCUGGAGCAGUCAAUUGAAAAACUUUCUGAGUUGGGCUCCAUGAAAGAGAAAUCUGAAAAUCCCAACGAGAGCUUGGUUCCCAGCCAACCUGUGAUUGAAGUGGUGCUGGUGAAGAUUUUGGGGGGCUGCAGGCUCUUGUCACAUUUGCUUGAACGCUGUUGCACAGCAUUUCUCUUGUGUCUUAAGCAUCUGUGUUUGGAAGAACACAUAUUACUCAACACUGUGGUCUUGGGAUUGUUGAGCAGAUUAUGGAUUCUUUACAGAGGUGUGCUAAAAAGCCUCAGUUCUUUAUAUGAGAGCCUGUUUGAAUUGCUUCAGGAAGUUUCACAGAGUCAGCCAAGGCCUUAUAUUAAAGAAUUUGCCUUUCCUUCUGCAAUAAAUGAAUUUCUUGGAACUGCCUACUUGGAGAUUCAGAAGAAAAUGCCCAAGGUUUUUAAAGAAAAGGCCAAAAAGUCAUGGAUAAAUCAACUGUUUUCAGUAAGGAAGGCCAGGAAGUCGGUGCAUGCAACAGUUCCUUCAGGAGUCACAAACAAAGUGCUGAAAUCCCUUGACGUUGGGCAGCCAGUUCAGAUUAACAGAACCAACCAAGAUCUUGGAAAUGACUUAGUAUUCGAUGUCAGGACCUUAUGUAGAUACCCUGAUCCUGCACUACUAGAGAUGAACAAAUUCCAAGCAAAGCAUCAUAAUUUAAAACAGAAGUCUACAUCCCUUACAUUUCAGCAUCUUAAGCCUUUCUUGACUAAACUGCAAGAAGUGCACUCCUUUGAACAACUGUCUGAUGCACUCAGAACAACAAUCCUCUGGUGCAAAAGCAAGAAACUUAGAUCACAGGCUAUUUACUUGAGAAUGAAGCUUUUGAAAUGCAGGCAUCUGCAGCAUGUGGAAGCUCAGGGUUACAGUUUACAGAGGAAACUGGGUUGUAUAAAGGCUACUAUCUGUAGAUACCUGACAGUCUCAUACUCUAGGCAGAAACCAAAACAAAGACUUGGAGCAAGGAGGCUACAGAGGCAGAUCAAACUUUCCAGGAAUCUAAGACAUAUUUCAAAGACACCAUCUUGCUUUGAUCCUGUUUGGAAAAAGACUGUUUGUGGUGAUAAUACUAUAAAUGGUAGUGUUCCCUUUUCUUUUGCUCAGGAGUUUGAACAUUCAUCUGAUGUGAGAGACGCUGACAAAAGCCAUUCUGAAGAAACAGCUGAAGAACAAGCUGAGGCAUUAGGAGGAAAGCCUGCCCAUCUACAAAAGGAAGUUAGUGAGAGUAAAGAUGAUAUAGAUGACAUUUUUGCAGCAAUAGGCAUAUAG